AUGACCUGUAGGACCCCUCUGUUAAUUAUAGCCUGUUCCUAUUAUUCUUACUGCAACUUAAGACGUCUGCAGUGGGGUGUGAGGAAAAGUAGAAGACCGGUAUUCUCACAUCCCCAGGUACCAGAAACACUGAAGACGCUGACAGGUUCCAGCCACCUGAAUGGUCCCAGGGCUGGCGUCUGCCCAUGUGUCCCUCCGGAGAGGAUGCUUGCCAAGAUGAGGCUUCUUCUCCAGUACGCCGCCUGUGUCUUUGCCUUCUUCUCUGUUGGGUUUUUGAUUGUGGCCACGUGGACAGACUGUUGGAUGGUGAAUGCUGAUGACUCUCUGGAGGUGAGUACAAAAUGCCGCGGCCUCUGGUGGGAGUGUGUCACGAAUGCUUUUGAUGGGAUUCGCACCUGUGAGGACUACGAUUCUAUAUUUGCGGAACACUCCUUGAAGCUGGUGGCAACACGGGCGUUAAUGAUUACUGCAGAUAUUCUGGCUGGGUUUGGAUUCAUCACUCUGCUUCUUGGCCUUGACUGUGUGAAAUUCCUCCCUGAUGAGCCCUACAUCAAAGUCCGCAUCUGCUUUGUUGCUGGAACCACAUUACUUAUAGCAGGUGCUCCAGGGAUCAUUGGCUCCGUGUGGUAUGCUGUUGACGUUUAUGUGGAACGUUCUUCUCUGAUUUUGCACAAUAUAUUUCUUGGCAUCCAAUAUAAAUUUGGUUGGUCCUGUUGGCUUGCAAUGGCUGGAUCUCUUGGUUGUUUUUUGGCUGGUGCUGUUCUUACCUGCUGCUUAUACAUCUUUAAAGGUAUUGGACCUGAGAAGAAUUACCCUUACUCCAUGAGAAAGGCUCAUUCAACUGCGGGUGUCUCCAUGGCCAAGUCAUACCUAGCCCCUCAGACAGAGACUGCCAAAAUGUAUGCUGUAGACACACGGGUGUAA